AGCGAUCGACAAGACAACUAGUACCGCGCGCUAACUCUAACCAGGGAGAUGCCAAUAGUAGUACUAGCUCAUUAUAAAAGGGAAGGUUGCAUGGCGAGGCCAUGAGAGGCUAGAUCCAUCCAGGAGCACAAGCUAGCUAGCUGGAUAUUGGCAUGUUAUUCCACGAGCUAAUUAGUUACACACUUACUUCUUGGAUCCUUCUCAACAAUUAAGCUCAGUCAUCUAGCCGGCUGGUAGCUAGGAUCGAUGGCUGAGCAGCAACAGAAGGGUGGUGAUGAUGAGGUGCUGGAGGUGGAGUGCGCGCUGGACAUGCCGGAGGUGGUGCAGCGGCAGGACUCGCUGUACCGGGACGCCUCCCGGGCCGGCGGCGCCAGCCACCACGGCCAUGAGCGGUGGGGCAAGACGCUGCGCCUCGCGUUCCAGUGCGUCGGCGUGCUCUACGGCGACAUCGGCACGUCGCCCCUCUACGUCUACUCCAGCACCUUCACCGCCGGCGUCCGGCACACCGACGACCUGCUCGGCGUCCUCUCCCUCAUCAUCUACAGCUUCAUACUCUUCACCAUGGUCAAGUACGUCUACAUCGCCCUCCGCGCCAACGACGACGGAGACGGCGGUACGUUCGCGCUCUACUCUCUCAUCUCGCGGCACGCCAAGGUGAGCCUGGUGCCGAACCAGCAGGCGGAGGACGAGCUGCACAUCCUGGAGCAGGACGACCCCAAGUCCUUCAGCCGGCGGCGCGCCCUGGCCACGCUGCAGCUGGCCUCGCCGGCGGCGUACCGCGCGCAGCGGGUGAAGGAGCUCCUGGAGACGAGCAAGCCCGUGCGCAUCUCGCUCUUCCUGCUCACCAUCCUCGCCACGGCCAUGGUGAUCAGCGACGCCUGCCUGACGCCGGCCAUCUCCGUGCUGUCCGCCGUGGGAGGGCUCAAGGAGAAGGCGCCGCACCUCACCACAGACCAGAUCGUGUGGAUCACGGUGGCCAUUCUGGUGGCGCUCUUCUCGGUGCAGCGCUUCGGCACGGACAAGGUGGGCUACUUCUUCGCGCCGGUCGUCAUCCUCUGGCUGCUCCUCAUCGGCGGCGUCGGCGUCUACAACCUCGUCAAGCACGACAUCGGCGUCCUCCGGGCCUUCAACCCCAAGUACAUCGCCGACUACUUCCGCCGCAACAAGAAGGACGCCUGGAUCUCCCUCGGCGGCAUCCUCCUCUGCUUCACCGGCACCGAGGCUCUCUUCGCCGACCUCGGCUACUUCAGCAUCCGCUCCAUCCAGCUCAGCUUCGGCUUCGGCCUCGUCCCCUCCGUGCUCCUCGCCUACGCCGGCCAGGCCGCCUUCCUCCGCAAGUACCCGGAGGAGGUGGCCAACACCUUCUACAGGUCCACCCCGACGGUCCUCUUCUGGCCCACCUUCGUCCUGGCCAUCGCCGCCUCCAUCAUCGGCAGCCAGGCCAUGAUCUCCUGCGCCUUCGCCACCAUCUCCCACUCGCAGGCGCUGGGGUGCUUCCCGCGCGUCAAGAUCCUGCACACCUCCAAGCAGUACCAGGGCCAGCUCUACAUCCCGGAGGUCAACUUCCUGCUGGGCUUCGCCGCCUGCGUCGUCACCGUGGCCUUCAAGACCACCGUGGUCAUCGGCGAGGCGCACGGCAUCUGCGUCGUCCUCGUCAUGCUCAUCACCACGCUGCUCCUCACCGUGGUGAUGCUCCUGGUGUGGAGGAUGAACGCGUGGUGCGUGGCGCUUUUCUUCGCCGUCUUCAUGGCGUCCGAGUCCGUCUACCUCUCCUCGGUGCUCUACAAGUUCCUGCACGGAGGGUACAUCCCCGUGGUCAUCUCGGCGGUGCUCAUGGCCGUCAUGAUGGUGUGGCACUACGUGCACGUGAAGCGCUACAAGUACGAGCUGGAGCGCACGGUGUCGCCGGACAAGGUGCGGGAGCUGCUGGACGGCCGCGACCUGCGCAAGGUGCCCGGCGUGGGGCUCUUCUACACGGACCUGGUGCAGGGGAUCCCGCCGGUGUUCCCGCACCUCAUCGAGAAGAUCCCGUCCAUCCACGCCGUGCUGCUCUUCGUCUCCGUGAAGCACCUCCCCGUCCCGCACGUGGACAUGUCGGAGCGGUUCCUGUUCCGGCAGGUGGAGCCGAGGGAGCACAAGCUGUACCGGUGCGUGGCGAGGUACGGGUACCGUGACCCGCUGGAGGAGGCCAAGGACUUCGCGGCCAACCUGGUGGAGCGCCUCCAGUACUACAUCCGCGACGUGAACCUGUACGGCGUGGACGUGGACGCCAAGGCCGGCAAGGUGAGCUACCCGAGCUCGCGCUGCGACAGCAUGGCCAGGUCGACCCGGCGCAGCAGCAUGGCGAUGACGAUGACGAUGCAGCAGCACUACUCGUCGGCGUCCUACACGGAGAGCCUUGCGCUGGCUCGGGCAAGGUCGACGUCGUCGGGGGCCACCGGGCGCAUGAACAUGAACGGCCUGAUCAUGAUGCCGUCGGCGUCCUACACGGAGAGGGAGAGGCAGGGGCGGUCCAUCUACGCGGAGGAGAUGAUGACGCCGGCCGAGUCCUUCUCGGAGCUGGCAAUGCAGGUGGUGCCGUCGGGGCGGUACGCGGCGAGUAGCCAGCAGCUGUUCCAGGCGGCGAAGAUGAGCCUGGAGGAGAUGGCCAAGAUCGAGGAGGAGCAGAGGUACAUCGAGCGGGAGAUGGAGAAGGGGGUGGUGUACAUCAUGGGGGAGAACGAGGUGGUGGCGCGGCCUCACUCCUCGCUGCUCAAGAAAGUCAUCGUCAACUACGUCUACGCCUUCCUCAGGAAGAACUGCAGGCAAGGGGAUAAGAUGCUCGCCAUCCCAAGAAGCCAGCUGCUCAAGGUCGGAAUGUCUUACGAGAUCUAGCUACCACUCCACCAUUAGCGGACCGGCCUCGACACCCUCUACUACCUAGCAUGCAUGCAGCUGCGUAUGGCCCCGGCCGGGUACUAUUGGUUUCGAACGCUUGUGGAGGACCCAUCGACCAGGAGGUUAAUGUGAAUUACGUACAUGCGUGUGGAUCAAUGGCGCCACUUGCAUAUACUAUAUAUGGAAGGAUACGAUGAUCGUCCAUCGAUCAAGGCAGAUACGUAGUAUUGUAUACUACUAAGGCGUACAUAGCACCCUUGUAUUGUAGUAUAUCUUUGUAUUUGUAGGUUGAUGUAAUUCUUCUCCCCAGUUCAUUUCAUCAUUUUUAGUUCACUGUGCGUGCAUUAGGAAUAUGGAACUUUGCCUGGUGUCAGGUGGUUGUGAGUCA